AUGCAAAACGGGAACCAAAGUAAUAAUAAUAACAACAAAAAGAAGAAAGCUGGGAAAGUUAUUUCACUUGCAGAGGCUGCAAAAGGAUCCAUUAUAUUCCAACAGGGUAAACCAUGCUCGUGCCAAGCCCAUCAGCAUAGACUAAUUAGCAAUUGCUUGUCUUGUGGGAAGAUAGUAUGUGAAAAAGAGGGGGAGGGUCCUUGCAGCUUCUGCGGUUCUCUUGUGCUCGGGAAAGGGAGCAAAUACGCUAGUUUAGAUGAAAGUCUGCCUCUCAUAUCAGAUGCUGGAGCUGUAGCUGAAGCCUAUGCUAAAAGACUUGUUGAUUAUGAUCGAAACUAUGCAGCUCGUACAACUGUUAUUGAUGACCAAAGUGAUUACUAUGAGAUGGAGGGUAACAACUGGCUGUCAAUGGAGGAGAAGGAGCUCUUGAGGAAAAAGUGUGAGGAGAUUGAAGAAGAAGAGAAGGCAAAGCAAAAUAGAGUGGUUGUGACAUUUGACUUGGUUGGCCACAAGGUGUUAGAUUUUUCCAAAUGGUCAUCCUUUUUUGGCAUAAUGAUAAUCUGA